AUGUCAAAAAAUAAUAAAUUAAUAGAUGUGGCUAAAUAUUUAAGAAGGUUUUUUUACAGAGUUUAGAAUUUUUUUGAAUAUAGAAUGUUAGUGAAUUAGAAGCAUAUUCUAUUAGUAGGAGGGAAUAAUAAUCCAUUGACACCCAUGUUAUAUUAAAAUUUUUAUCAAAACUGGUAAAUUGGACAUUUGGGUUUAUAGGAUGAAUUAGCGAUAAAACCUAAUUUUUAAUUAGAUUAGGAGGACGAAUUAUAAAAAUUAGUUGAUUAAGCAAAAAUUCGUAGUGCUCAUUAUGAUGCGAUUAUAAUUUUGGAAGAUAGGAAUGGAAUAUAAGAAUAAGAAGAUAAAUUUGAGAUGCAUAAUAUGUAUAAAGGUGAAAUGAAGAGAGCAUUAAUAGCUAGUCAUUUAGCAACAAAAAUACUUGCUUCAAAUGGAAUGGUUUGUUUUACUCUAGAUUAGAGAAGUUAUUUUGAAUAAAAAUAGGAAUAGAAUUAAUCAACAGGAAAAGUGAUGAAAGAUUGUUAGAUAGCACAUUUAUGUACAAAUUUAGGAGAGAGAGAGGAUUUAGAGACUGAUACAUUAGUAAUUGGCGCUUUGAUAGAAGAUGAUAAAUUGAAUGAUAUAGUAAAAUACUUGAAAUUAUGGGCUGAUGGAAUAAAAAGACCAGCAAGUGGAACAUUUGCUCAUUUCAAAUAUAGUAGUCAUAAAAGGCCAAUUGUUUAUCCUGAAUUAUUAUGAUGAUGAAUAAAUAUAUGGUUAAUAAUAGAUUAAAG